AACCAUCAGUUGUUCGAUUUGAGAAGAUAAUGCGAUCUUGAUUGUUGGUGUUAGAGAGAAUACUUCAAACAAUGUUUCUGUAAACGGAUUGAUGAUUAUUUACUAAUAUGUUUAAAAUGUAAAUACGACAUACGAAAGUUAGCAAUGGAUACACAAAGGCGGCGUUACAAGAAAAACCCUGGAUCUGGUACUGAAGGAUACUUAAACCAGCUUCGACUUUCGACGUUGUAUUUCUCUCGCCUAGCUGCUAGUGGCAAUCGAUUUGAGAUAGGUGUGGAAGUAGCAUUGGCUGGAAAAUUCGACGAUAUAGUAAUGCAUCUGUUAGAUGUGGAUCAGUAUUGCUUGGUGCAGGCUAAACAUAAGCAAGACGAAUCGAAGCGCAUCAUUAUGGAUGAUCUACUGAAAACGACUACCGAAUAUAGUUUGCCGAAAUAUUUUGAUUCGUUUCUCGGGCUGAAGCAAGAAGAAAUGUUCCAGGGUGAACGCCUUAAGUACAUUGUUAUCUACACCAACCUCAAGCUGGACGAAAACGUCAUGAAAGUAAUCAAUCCCGUUGAACCAGCAACGGACGAGUUUCUUCGCACGCUAAACGUACGCUGCAGAGGCAAAGAAUCGUCGCUCUAUCGCUUCAAUACUGAGUGCACUGACUUUAUUGAGCAGUUAUUGAUCGCAUUUCGCCAAUCUGUGAGGUUGCGCGAAAAUUAG